CUUUUACCUUUAUUGUAUCUUAACCAAAAAAACGCAAACAACUACAUAUAAAUAUAUAUUAGCGCGUUUUUACUACUAUCACUCUAUUACGUUUGUCUGUUGAUACAAGGAUGAUAAACGCACUUUUUGUUAUUAACCGUCAAGGAAAGAUAAUCAUCGAGAAGCAAUGGAGAGGAAACAUCUCUAGACAGGUGGUGGAUGUAUUCAAUGACGAAUGUGCAAAGUACAUGAAUUCUGUACCGGGAACAAUGGAUAAAUCAGAUCUCGGUAUCAAUCUCAAAGAGACAUUCUAUACCCGUGAAGACGUGCCACCUAUUCUAGAAACCGACAACUACUGGCUCCUUAAUGUCUUGAGGUGUGAUUUGGCGUGGUUAUGUCCUGUCCAAAGAGAAGUGGAUCCAAUGCUGGUAUUUGAGUUUAUACAUCGGAUAAUCGAUAUCUUGACCGAUUACCUGGGUGACGUUUCCGAGACAUCAAUCCGCGAUAAUUUUGUUACAGUAUAUCAACUUUUGGAGGAAAUGAUGGAUUAUGGAUAUCCUUUGACAACAGAGCCAAAUGCACUCAAGGAGAUUAUUAUGCCACCUACUAUUAUGAACAAGGUCAUGACAACUGUUGGAGCAGCAGCAGGUGUUGCUCCAAAAUUCCCUCAGAACAUGUCAAGUAUACCAUGGAGAAAGGCAGGCGUAAAAUAUACACAGAAUGAGAUUUAUUUUGAUAUUGUGGAAGAGAUUGAUGCUACAAUUGCACCAAAUGGAACUCUUCUGUCCUGUGAGGCUCAUGGAAAUGUGAUUGCCAACAGUAAAUUGUCGGGUAUGCCAGAUUUGACACUCAAUUUUGUCAAUCCUCGAGCAAUUGAUGAUGUGAGUUUCCACCCAUGCGUAAGAUAUCGCAAGUGGGAAAGUGAAAAGGUACUUUCAUUUGUGCCUCCGGAUGGUCAAUUCAAGCUUAUGUCAUACAGAGCUGCAUUAUCACAAUAUAAUGCAAUGCCUGUUCAGGUAAAACCCCAAAUACUGCCCACAAAGAAUGGAGGCAAGUUUGAUAUUUCAGUUCAUCCUCGUACAACUGACGGAAAAAUGAUCGAACGGGUUGUAUUGACAUUACCGGUACCAAAGAGCACAACUAGUGUAAAUGCUACUUGUAAUGCUGGUCAAUAUAUGUAUGACCCAGUUUCAAAGACAAUCAAAUGGGAUAUUGGUAAACUUCAAUUGAAAGAAAGAGCACCAAUGCUGUCUGGUACAUACAGUACUAGUGAGAGUGAUCCAGAGGCAAGUAUGACAAUCUCUCUUGAUUUCCAAAUCAACAUGUACGCUGUCUCUGGGCUAAAGGUCGACAGUUUGCGAGUAUUCCAUGAAGGAUACAAGCCAUACAAGGGAGUUCGCAGUCUUACCAAGGCAGGCAAGAUCCAUAUCCGUACCUAAAUAGAUUUUGUACACAAACCCACACCCACACCCACACCCACACCCACACCCAUUCCCAUUCCCAUUCCCAUUCCCACUCCCACACAAAAGAAAGAAAGAAAGAAAGAAGUAUAUGUAUAUUUAUAUAUGUACAGUGCUAUUGCCAAUUAAUAAUUGAAUGUUACUAUUAC